UUAAACUGGCAGUUAUUGUUGUGGAGGUCUGGGAUUGAAGUUUUUGUAGAUGGAUUUUCCCGAUCCUUCGUGUUAUUCAGGCAAAUAAGACAACUAUAAGCCAUUUACAUGUAGCACUUCUUAUCACACGUACAGUGUAGUGUUCAUUUAGUAAAACGGGCGAAACGCGGGUGUAAAGUCUACCGAGAUGUCUCUGCCACCGGAGAAAGCAUCUGAACUAAAGCAGAUCAUACACAACCAUCUGAUCAAGAUGAACAUCCAUAGGAAGAUCAGGGAUGUGUUGGCGGAGACCGUGAGAGAGGAUCUAGACCCUGGACAUAGCUCUCUGUCUGAGGAGGACUUCCUCCGGGCUCUGCAACGCAGGGGAAUCGUAGACGAUGUCAUGAAGGAUCUUCAUUUCUCCAAGGGGCUCUGAUCCACCAGGGGCUCUGAUCCACCAGGGGCUCUGAUCCACCGUGGGCUCUGAUCCACCAGGGGCUCUGAUCCACCAGGGGCUCUGAUCCACCAGGGGCUCUGAUCCACCAGGGGCUCUGAUCCACCGUGGGCUCUGAUCCACCAGGGGCUCUGAUCCACCAGGGGCUCUGAUCCACCAGGGGCUCUGAUCCACCAGGGGCUCUGAUCCACCGUGGGCUCUGAUCCACCGUGGGCUCUGAUCCACCAUGGGCUCUGAUCCACCAGGGGCUCUGAUCCACCAGGGGCUCUGAUCCACCAGGGGCUCUGAUCCACCAGGGGCUCUGAUCCACCAGGGGCUCUGAUCCACCAGGGGCUCUGAUCCACCAGGGGCUCUGAUCCACCAGGGGCUCUGAUCAACUCCUAUUUGUAGAGUUUCUCGUCAUCUCAACAAAACAACUGUUGUUAAGUAGUGUUCAUGACAUAAUGAGGGGGUUUGUAGUGU